AUGCACAUCCUUAACACUGAAGUGGAACAUUGUACAGUGGACCAAUGCAGCUACAAAGACGCUCUUCCAGAUGACUGGUACAGACUGGGUUCCAAGCUCCUCAAAUUGUUUCACUACAGAAAGACCUGGGGACAAGCACGACAGUUUUGUCAUUCAAUUGGUGGAGAACUUUUGUCAAUAAAGCAGGAAAACGAAAAUGAAUUUGUUUCCCAGCUACUCAAACAGAUCAAGCCGAAUACAGAAGGUAAAGACUUGAUUGGCCACUGGUUUCUAGAUGGUACCGACGUUGAUGUCAGCCUUUUCAACGGAGCGAGACAUGAAGAAGAAAGCUCCAGGGCUGUGAAAGCAUUGUACCUCGACGGAAAAAAUGCCUAUGCCACAACUCCAGCCGUUGAUUUUUUGCAAACCAGUUUUACUUUGGCCAGUUGGGUCAAAUUAGAGGAUCCUGUUAGAAGUCCUGCGACUAUUUAUGGAUACUGGAAAUGUCCUUAUCUUUUUCGUUUUACUGCCUUCUUAAACAACGCACUCCAUAUUCAGAUCCGAAAUCAUUACGCGCCAAAUGAUGGGCUCCAGGACCUAAUCAAUCUUUAUGCUGGAUCUCCAAAAAUUGACGAAUGGUUUCUUGCUGCCGCAGUGUGGGACGAGACUAAGAACAAAGUUCACUUAUACCUUGACGAUAAUAAUAUAGGGAAUUCUGGUGGCCCGAGCAAGUAUAGUCCAACCGCUUAUAACUACGAAUUCUUCGACAUUGGGCUGAAGAGAGAUAGCAGUGAAACAAUGAAAGGAUAUGUGAGAAAUCUCAUGAUCGUUAAUUCUACUCUAAGCACUGAGGAGAUAUUUAAUAUGAGAGAUCAUCCAAAUAAUGAAGCCUUGCUUGGAGUUUGGAUCGGACUAAAUGACGUAACCACAGAGGGAGAUUUCCUUUGGCCAGAUGGGAGUCACGUUACAUACGAAAAGUGGCACGCAAACGAGCCAAACAACGCGUACAAAUAUCAAGACUGCGUCCAAAUGCUUAUUAGUGACGGGACCUGGGAAGAUACAAGCUGUGGAAAGCGUCUUCCUUUUCUUUGUGAAAAGAAACAUUGAGCUGUCUGCCAUUUCUAACUGGUUUAAGAAAGAAAGCAUACCAAAACUGGGCUUUCCUGUUUUUCUGUGAAGCUUACAUACCAAAUAGUAAUUUUGAUUUAUUAGGCAAACGUCUAAAUCCUUUAGUCACAAGUGCACCUACUUGUAAACAACGCAAAAUUCUGCCAUUUUUACACCUUCUUUUUAGCAAUCACUUUAUGUGAGGUGAAAAACAUAACUGAUAUAUGCUAAACUGAUAAUCUUUACUUUUCGACUGGAGGGGAAAGUGCAGAUAUGGGAUUAAACUUAUCAUCAAAGCAUCUUGUCAAAAUGUGUAUGAAUCACAUUCAUAUUUUCAUCGGUAUAGGACCAAAAAAUUGAGAAUUCUUGAGAGGAAUCGACUCGAAGAUUAUUCCCACUUCUGCCUUUAGAGGGACACCUACCUUUGUAAUGAACAACUACGCUGCAUGUUUGUGCCAAUACUUGUGCAAAAGCGCAAUCAUAGCUCCCCCCCUCCUCAUGUCACACUUCGUCAAAGUACCAAUUGGGGAAACGUACCAUUGCUUAUUGUGGAUCGUGGGGUUGGUCAUUGCAAUGAUGGUAUUCUUGACAACAAGCUGGUACAUCAUAUACAAUUUGAAAGUGAUCUUAUUAUAUUAACUUCUCUGUGGUCAAACUUGUCAACUUCACUUAAGACUGU